CCGACAGCUGAGGGCGGCGCGCAGGGCCCGGGUCGUCGUCCUCGGCGCUGCGGGCCGACAUGCCGCUCUACGAGGGCCUGGGCAGCGGCGGGGAGAAGACGGCCGUCGUCAUCGACCUGGGCGAGGCCUUUACCAAGUGUGGAUUUGCUGGAGAAACUGGUCCGAGAUGCAUAAUUCCUAGUGUGAUAAAAAGAGCCGGGCUGCCCAAGCCUAUCAAAGUUGUCCAAUAUAAUAUCAAUACAGAAGAACUAUAUUCCUACCUAAAGGAAUUCAUCCACAUACUGUAUUUCAGGCAUCUGUUGGUGAAUCCCAGAGACCGUCGAGUUGUGGUUAUCGAGUCGGUGUUAUGUCCCUCCCACUUCAGAGAGACACUCACUCGGGUGCUUUUCAAAUAUUUCGAGGUUCCAUCUGUCUUGCUUGCUCCAAGUCAUCUAAUGGCUCUUUUGACACUUGGAAUUAACUCUGCCAUGGUCCUGGAUUGUGGAUAUAGGGAAAGCUUGGUGUUACCUAUAUACGAAGGCAUCCCGGUACUCAAUUGCUGGGGAGCACUCCCCCUAGGAGGAAAAGCUCUUCACAAGGAAUUGGAAGCUCAACUGUUGGAGCAGUGUACUGUUGACACAGGUGCUGCUAAAGAACAGAGUCUUCCCUCAGUGAUGGGUUCAGUUCCAGAAGGUGUCUUAGAAGAUAUCAAAGUACGCACUUGCUUUGUAAGUGAUCUGAAGCGCGGACUUAAAAUCCAAGCAGCAAAAUUUAAUGUUGAUGGGAAUAGUGAGCGUCCCUCACCACCCCCGAAUGUUGACUAUCCAUUAGAUGGAGAGAAGAUCUUACAUGUCCUAGGAUCAAUCAGAGAUUCAGUUGUGGAAAUCCUUUUUGAGCAAGAUAAUGAAGAGAAAUCAGUUGCCACCUUAAUACUGGAUUCCCUUAUACAGUGUCCAAUAGACACCAGGAAGCAGCUAGCAGAGAACUUGGUGGUCAUAGGCGGCACGUCCAUGUUGCCAGGAUUUCUCCACAGAUUGCUUGCAGAAAUACGGUAUCUGGUAGAAAAACCAAAAUAUAAAAAGGCACUUGGCACCAAGACAUUCCGAAUUCAUACGCCACCUGCAAAGGCUAAUUGUGUGGCUUGGUUGGGAGGUGCUAUUUUUGGAGCAUUGCAAGAUAUACUUGGGAGCCGUUCAAUUUCAAAGGAGUAUUAUUUUCAAACGGGCCGAAUUCCUGAUUGGUGUUCUCUCAAUAACCCACCUUUGGAAAUGAUGUUUGAUGUCGGAAAAAACCAGCCGCCUCUGAUGAAGAGGGCAUUUUCCACCGAGAAAUAAAAUUUUGAUUACAAUUUAAUUUUGCUUCAUUUUAAAUAGUUACAAGCAAAUUGUACAAAAUAGGUAGGAUGGCUUGUUGUAGACUAGUUUCAUGCAAGUGAAAGAAAUUCUGUAUUUACUCUUUGCAUUAAUGUUUUGUUCUUUUGACUUUGUUUUCCUUGUGAAAAAAUGGUAGCUGACGCAUAUGAUAUUUGUUGUAUUUAUAUCAAUAAAAUAUAGAAAAGCAGUUUACUUUUGGAAA